CGCCUCCGCCUCCGCCUCCUCAUCCGUCUGAAGCUAUAAAAUCGCCUGCUCCGUUGGUUGGUUCUUGGUUGGUUGGUUCGUUCGUUGGUUCGUCGCCUCCGUCCCCAGGAAGAGCGAUUCGUCGGUGACACCCCGCGAGCAUGCUGUCCUUGCGCUGCCACGCCGCCGCGCCGGCGACCCGCGGCGUCGCAUGUGAACAUGGGGGGCGCUCCUCGUGUUUCCUCUGCGGCGGAGAUAAAUAAGAUCGACGGAGGAAAAAAAGGAUUCUUGAAGCGAUUGCGGCGGCCGAAUAGGAGGGAGGGAGGCCGGCCGGCGGCGGGCUCGCCUGCGUUCUCUGCGAUGAAGUACGUCUCCGGGCCGUACUUCGAGCCGGACUUCGAUCCGCUCCUCGAUCGCUUCGGCACUCCCGGGGUCGUCGUCGACAACGAGACGCGCGAGGACUGCACGCUCGUGAAGGUUGACAGCGUGAACCGGGACGGCGUGCUGCUGGAGAUGGUGCAGCUGCUCACCGAUCUCGACCUCGUCAUCUCCAAGUCCUACAUCUCCUCCGACGGCGGCUGGCUCAUGGAUGUGUUCCACGUCACGGACCAGAUCGGGCGCAAGCUGACGGACCCGUCACUCCCCGAGUUCAUCCAGCGGGCGCUCGUGCCGUCCCACCGGCCCGGCAACGGCCCGUCGCCCAGGUUCACGACGUGCCUCGGCAACGUGAUCGGCCCCGGCGGCCCCGACGUGUCGGACUGCGCCGCCCUCGAGUUCACGGUGCACGACCGGCCGGGGCUCCUGUCGUCCAUCACCUCCGUGCUGGCCGACAACGGGUGCCACGUCGAGUCGGGGCAGGCGUGGACGCACAACGGGCGCGCCGCGGGCGUGCUCUACGUGACGGCGACGGCCGACGGCGCGGCGCUGCACCCGAGCCGGUGGGCGCGCAUCGAGCGGCUGGUGGACGCCGUGGUGGACGCGCGCGAGAACGUGACCGGGGAGCGGCACUGGGUGCGCGUGUCGGAGCUCGUGCAGGGCCGCGUCCACACGGAGCGCCGGCUGCACCAGCUGAUGCACGACGACCGGGACUACGAGUCCGGCCCGGCCCCGACUCCCGUCGACGAGGAGCUCUUCAGCAUGGGCGACAAGGCGGCCACCGCCCGGACGGCUCGCCGCGCCGAGACCCGGGUGUCCAUCGACAGCUGGGAGGAGCGGGGCUACGCCGUCGUCAAGAUGACGAGCAGGGACCGCCCCAGGCUGCUCUUCGACACGGUGUGCGCGCUCACCGACAUGCACUACGUCGUCUUCCACGCCACCGUCGGAUCCCAGGGCGCCCUUGCCAUUCAGGAAUACUACAUCCGGCACAAGGACGGGCGCACGGUCCACAGCAACGCCGAGCGGCAGAAGGUCUCGCGGUGCCUCGUCGCCGCGGUGGAGCGGAGGGCCACGCAUGGCAUGAGGGUGGAGGUGCGCGCCGCCGACAGGUCCGGGUUGCUAUCGGACUUCACCAGGGUGCUGCGGGAGCACGGCCUCUCGCUGCUCAGAGUCGAGCUCAAGAGGCAUAAGGACGAGGCCACCGGCACCUUUUACCUCGUCAUGGACACCGGCGGCGAGGUGCGCACCGAGGCGGUGCGCACCGUGCAGGCCAGGGUAGCCGAGAUGGACGUCUCGCUCGAGAUAGUCAAGGAGGCCCCUGGCUGGCCGCCGGUGAGGAAGACCAGCGUGCCGGCGGCCCCGCUUGCCGCCAGGCAGCAGCAGGCCCAGGAGAGGCCGAGACCUUCCCUGGGGAGCCUUCUAUGGUCACACCUUGGGAAGCUCUCAAAUAACUUCAGCUACUGAGCUACAUCAGAUCUUAAAAACACAUGGCAGAACAAUCCACCGCUUCCUUUGGUACCUCAUUUCCAGCAAUUCCGGGCCCGGGGUAGCUAUUGUUAAAAUGCUGGGAAUCAGUGAAAAUUUGUAUAUAAAGUAUAGCAUGUUGUUUCUCUCUCAAAAAAAGUAUAGCAUGUUGUAUUGCA